CUCUCUUCCUCUGAAGGCCAGCCUCUCUGUGUCGUCUAUCAGCCUGGUGUGUCUAGAGCUAGCCACAGGGUCAGAACAGAGCAGAGAAAGGCAUCUACCCCCAUCUACUCUUCUUUCUCCCAUUCUCUCACUCACAAUACUCACAAAUCUCUCUUCCUUUCUCCCCCUUUUACCUCCCAGUCAUACAAUAGACUUCCCCUGUACGCUCCUGCCCAGAAGAAAGAACGGGGGGAUACGGUUUCCACGACAAUGGAAAUUCAAUCAGGAAAUGGAGAGGAGUUGGAGGUGGUGAGUGGCGAGUCAUUAGCGACCUUGGGCUCCGUUUCCUCCUCGCCGUAUCUCUCUGUCCCUCAGGCAGACGGCACGGACGACCAAGUACUCCGGGAGGACCUCCAGGCUGCCAAGACCAUUGAGAGGUUUGACAUCCCUCUGAGUAACUUGAAGAGGAUGUUUGAGAAGCCCCCAGGAGCAGCCAACACUGAAGUGAGAGCCGUACAGUCCAGCCCAUCCAGAAGAGCCCCAGCCAGUAGCUACCAGCUGGACCAGAAGAGGGACCCAUCACUUGGUGAGAAGAUGGCCUCAACUCAUGAGCCCAGCCUCUCUGCGGGUGGAACCAGGUCCGGACGUCCUGAGGAAAGGGAAGGGGUGGUGAGUCAGAGGAAAGGAGACGGAGGAGCGCCCACCAGCGAGGAGGCGGAGUCCGUGUCACUAAAGGAACGCAUGGCCAUGUAUCAGGCUGCCGUGUCCAAGAAGGAGGCCAGCAGCUCAUCCUCCACGGUUAUGGAGGAGUCUGAAGCCUGUUCUCUGCCAGGGGGUUUGGCCAGUGUGAAGAAACAGUUUGAGAGCCAGGAGUACGCCUCCUCCUCCCAGUCCCAGACCAGCGUUACGCAGGUCCACUUAGAAAAGAGAUCCGUACAGGAGGUGUCCAGCUCACAGGAGGUGACAGUGAGGAGCAGUGUCAGGGAGGUCAUUCCCACCACUCAGCAAGUGGCCUACUUCCAUGGCCAGGAGGUGACUCAUGAUCAAAGAGUUCAACAAAGCAACGUGGCCUCCAGUUAUGAAAACCAUUAUGAUGAAACGGUUAGGGUCAUAGGAGGAGAGGACUUACCAAAGGUCUCCACUCAGGCUUUGAAGCAGCAGUAUGAGAAGACGAUCGAGCAGGCCACGCCGGGCAAGCAAAUUAAGAUUGAUCUGGAUUACAACCAGUUUCAAUGGGCACCGGUUAACCAGUCCUCCUCAGCAGCAGCUAGCUAUGAAAGUUCCUCCACUGUUAAACAGUCAUCCAGAGCUUCAGCAGCAACGCGCUAUGAAACCUCAUCCACUAUGAGGACAGGGGCUGUCUCCUCAUCUACCGCUGCCUCAGCCUCAUCCACUAUGAGGACAGGGGCUGUCUCCUCAUCUACCGCUGCCUCAGCCUCAUCCACUAUGAGGACAGGGGCUGUCUCCUCAUCUACCGAUGCCUCAGCCUCAUCCACUAUGAGAACAGGGGCUGUCUCCUCAUCUACCGCUGCCUCAGCCUCAUCCAUGGAUUAUGAGACCAUGGAGCACUUCCCUCCUCCACCCACUGAACUAAUGCCCCAGGAGGUCCCCGAGUGCUUUGACUCUCUCCCUCCUCAGGAGCAGGCUGGCCAACAGAGAUACAUCUUCAACAAGGAGCAGUACUCCAAGCAGAGGAACCGCAAUGAGCUGAAGCGUCUGUACAAGCACAUGCACCCAGAGGUUCGGAGGACCAUGGAGAAGGACUACUUCACCGACGUCGCUGAGAUCGAGCAGGCACAGCUGGAUAGUGAAGAUGAGAUGACCGGGGAAGUCCAGCAGGCUUGCUAUGUGUUUGAGAACAGUGGUGGGGAUGAAUGUAUGAGCCCUGAGGGAGAUUACCUGGAGUGGGACGAGAUCCUUAAAGGGGAGGUGCAGUCCAUGCGCUGGAUGUUUGAGAAUAAGCCGCUGGAUACCAUUAAAGAUGACACCCCAGAUGAGGACGAUGAAGUGAAGAACAUUGCUCAGCAGGAAAUCAUUGCAGGAAGUGAUGUCAAAUACACAGCCUGGAUGUUUGAGACCCAGCCCAUGGAUGCACUGCGUCCAGACACCCCAGACUCCACCGUACAGACAGGGAAAUUGACCGAGCUGGCGAGAGGAGACGUACGAACAGCCACAUAUCUUUUUGAGACCCAGCCACUGGAUUGUCUGAAUAAAAUCUACCAGGAGGAUGAGCAAGCCUUGGAGGUUGUCUUCACUAAAGAUAUUACAGGAGGGGACGUGAAAACGGCCAGGUAUCUGUUUGAAACGCAACACUUGGAUUCCCUCAGCCACACAGAGACCAUUGAGGAGAGCCACUUCUUGAAACUGAAGUCAGAGCUUGAGGAGAUCAAAGGGGAAGUGAAGACAACCACACGGAUGUUUGAGACCCAGCCCAUGUGUGUCAUAAGGGGCAACUCUGGAAAUAUACUGGAGAUCACCGCCAUCCGCAGGGAGGAGAUGGAGAAAGGAGAUGUAAAGACCUCCCGCUGGCUCUUUGAGACCCAAGCUCUGGACAUGAUCAACAAAGACCCUGCCAAGGUGAAGCUGAUCUGUGGAGUCUCCAUGGAGGACAACUCGCAGGGAGACGUGAACCGAGGGAGGUGGCUGUUCGAGACAAAGACACUGGACUCCAUUAAAGAUGAGGAAUGGCAAAGCAUCAGGCAAAAGGAGGAGAUUAUUGGAGCUGAUGUGCGGAAGCACUGCCUGGUUUUCGAGACACAGCAGAUGGAUACUCUGAAAGACAACGCCAAUGCCAGACCUUUACCCUCAGAGGAGAUUGUAGGAGGGGAUGUGCAAUCAGCAAAACAUCUGUUUGAGACAGUGCCAAUGGAGAACCUGAAGGAUUUGGCUGAAGUAGGGAAACUUCAGAAGAUGGUUGCGUCCGAGGAGGAGAAGGGUGAUGUUAGACAUCAGAAGUGGGUUUUUGAAAGUCAACCACUUGAAAACAUAAGGGAGGAGAAGAAGGAAAUGACACGCUCUAUAAACCUUGAAGAACUUGAUAAGGGCGACGUCACAAAUCACAAGGAAAGAUUUGAAACCUUGGAUUUAAGCAGAUGUGAGGGGGCACAGAGAAUUCAAGUUGAAGGUGUUACCAGUGGGUCUGUGAAAUCAAACAAAGUUCUUUUUGAAUCCACCCCGAUGUAUGCCAUGCAAGACAGCGAGGGACACUACCACGAGGUGAAAACCGUGCGACGUGAGGAGAUAGUAAAAGGAGAUGUUCGAAGCUGCAGGUGGAUGUUUGAAACACGUCCUAUCGAUGAGUUUGAUGAAAGUAGCAAUAAAUUCCAGAUUAUAAAAGGUAUAUCAAAGGAGGAGAUUGAAUCGGGCGAUGUCAAGACUGCCAAGUGGUUAUUCGAAACUCAACCCCUCGAUGGUAUUAAACAUUUCAGCAACACUGAAGAAGAUGAAACUAAGACAAAGGAGAGUGUUGAAAUUGAGAAAGGUGAUGUGAAAACCUGCAGGUGGCUGUUCGAGACUCAACCAAUGGAUAAUCUGUAUGAGAAAGCAGAUAAGGUGAGGAAUGAGACUGAGGUUGAGGAGGUCAACAAAGGGGACGUCAAAACAUGCACAUGGCUCUUUGAGACUCAGAACCUCGAUAACAUCUGUGACCAUUCAGAGUCUGAAUCGGAGACCGUUCUCAAAACCUGCACUGUCAAACAAGAGGACGUCCAAGGCAAAGAUGUGCAUCAUGCUCGCUUCCUCUUUGAGACAGAGAACCUGGAGAACCUCACAGGGGAGGAGAGUGGUGCCUUCAGAAGGGUGACUAAGAUUGAUGUCCAGUCUGGAGAUGUGUCUAGGAUGAAGUUUCUCUUUCAGAAUCGGUCUUCCGACAUCAUGACCUCAACCUCAUCUGAAACAAUGCAUAAGCUGAAGACCCUUACGGCGGAGGAAAUUCAGAAAGGAAAUGUAGUGAACAACAUGUGGCUUUUUGAAAACCAACCUAUAGACACUAUCCGCGAGGAUACAGAGGAAGCCAAGGACACUCGCACCGUAACCGAUGUGCAGGGAGGAAACGUUGGUCAAGGUCGCUUCGUUUUUGAGACUUACUCUCUCGAUAAAAUCCAGGAGGAGUCCACCGAGACUGAGACGUCAAAACUCCAGAGCAUCAUCAGGGACGAUAUAGAGAAAGGGGAUGUGAAAAGCUACACCAUGAUGUUUGAAAAUCAGCCACUGUAUGCAAUCUGUGACAAAGAGGGCCACUACCAUGAAGUUACCACUAUGACAAAGGAAGAAAUCAUGAGCGGAGACGUGGUGGGGGCCCGGUGGUUAUUUGAGACAAAACCUCUGGAUUCAAUAAGGGACACAGACGACAUCUAUGUCAUCAAAUCUGUCACUGAGGAGGACGUCCAGAAAGGUGAUGUCAGCACGGCCAGGUGGAGGUUCGAAACACAACCUCUUGAUGAAAUUGCUGAGGACAUGAAAGUGUUGACUAAAACAGUUGAAGAUAUCCAGGGUGGUGAUGUGAAGACAAACAAACACCUUUUUGAGACAGAUGAAAUGUCCCAGAAGUAUGUUAGAACUGUUAGCGUGAGUGAAAUCCAAAAAGGGGACGUCAGGACGGCCUCGUGGAUGUUUGAAACACACAGCAUCGAUAAGAUCCAUGGCGAGGGCUCAGAAUAUGAUGAAAUGGAGACAGUGACAAAAGAAGAAGUGAUGAAAGGAGAUGUCAAGCAGUCUGUGUGGCUCUUUGAAAAGCAGCCGCUUGACAGCAUUAAAGAGUCAGACGGAACAGAGACUGUUGUCACCCGGGAGGAGAUCCCACAAGCAGAUGUAAAGACAACAACAUGGCUUUUUGAAACCACUCCUUUAACCAAAUUUAAUGAGAACAGUGUAGAUAGAACUGAAAUAAUAGGGAAGAGCAUCAAAGAGACCCUUGAAGAGCUCUAUUGUCAGAAAAUGGUUGACUCACAAGGGAUUCUCAUUGAGACGGAUGAGAUAGGAGAUGUCAGAAUGGCAAAAUACAGACUCAUGAACCAAGAUGCUCCAGAAAUCCAGAAGGAGGAGGUGAUCAGAGGGGAUCUGAACAACAUCAUGAUGAACCUCCUAAACAGACGAGACAUGACAGAGAAAGGGAUAGUCAUAGACCAGGACGAGAGAGGCAACAUCAACACAACGGUAAAACAGCUUUUCAACCAAGAAAAGGGAUUCAAUGUUGAGAAGGAGGAAAUCCUCAGAGGCGACAUUCAAGAGGCCAUCAACAACCUACUGAAGGAGGAGGGCUCCUCAAAACGUGGAAUUCUGAUUCAAGAAGAUGAAAAGGGAGAUGUGCGAAUGACUAUAUACUCCCUCCUCAAUAAGGAAGACGGUGCUGGCAUUGAGAAGGAGGAUAUCAUCAAAGGCAAUGUCAGUAGGACCCUUCACAGACUCUUGUCCAACCCAGGGUCAGAGGAAUCUAAAAGGAUAAGGGUGGAAGACACGGAGAGGGGUAACGUUAGCUUUUACUCCACCUGUAUUGAAUCUGGGGCUCUGGAUUACCUUAAACAACUCCAGUUUGAACCUAAUGAGGAACAAGAACAGGCGCAGAAGGAACGUAUCAUUGGCGGCGACGUUAUGGAAACCAAAAUGACACUAAGGAAGAAUCAACAGCAGAUUGAACGCACAGUAGCUGAGGACGAUAUUGUCCCCGGUGAUGUCAACAACACAGUGAAGGUGUUCAUGAUGGAACCGGCUCUCUUGCUGGAAAACCUGCAGAAAGAGGAAAUUGUCAAGGGAGAUCUGAGGGCGGCCCUGGACUCACUGACCAAAACUAUUAGCAAGAGAGUCGUGAUAGAGAAAGAGGAAGUGGUGAAAGGGGACCUGCACACGACUCUGAGGUCUUUGGAGGAGGCUCAAAACCAAGCCAAGGAAAUGGAAAAGCCAGAAAUUGUCCGAGGUGAUAUCCGAGGAGCACUCCAAUCAUUAGAGAAAUCGUCGACCACCAAGACUGAGGUAACUGUUGAGGAUUUAGUGCCCGGCAAUAUCAAAGGCACCUUGAAAUCACUAGAAGAGGCUAAGCAGGCAGUGAAAGAGAUGGAAAAGGAGGAGAUUGUAAAGGGAGACAUUCAUACUGCGCUGAAGGGUUUGCAUGAGGCCUCGAGUGAGAAAAAACUUUACCAGCACCAAGUGAGUGAACAGGGGGACGUGAGAGGCACAAUACAGCUGUUACUAGAACCAUCCACAUCCCCACGAAUGCAACGCAGGGGAAGCACUGAGGGAGAUGUGAAGACCUCCAUAAAAUGCCUCUACGAAGGGCAGGGGCAGGACCAGGAUGAGGAGCAAUCACAGAUGGAGAAGGAGGAGGUGAUAAAGGGAGAUGUUAAAGGAGCGAUAAAGAAUCUGAUGCAGAGAAAAGAAUAUUCCAAUCGGAAAGUACGAAAGUAUCCUCCCAGGAAAGCUCCCAGAGCUCAUGUGAAAAAUCCAUUACCCACACAGCAAGUGGUGGACCAUGAAUACUCAGAUGUGGCUAAGAAUGAGAACGUCACAGUCAAUCUAGCCCCUGCUGUGAAAAACCUGUCUCAGAGUCAGAGCAGUAAAUCACAGGACACCACACAAAAGCACACUGAGAAGUACACCGAGAACAAAUCAGUGAAGAGCAGCAAGACCCUCACCCAAGAGGAACACUCUAUGACAACACAGGUCCAAACAGUAAAUAUGUUGGAGGACUCACAGCAGGAACAUGUAAAAAAACAGACUCAAGUUAAAGAACAGACACAUGUUAAACAACAGAGUGUGAAACAGAAAAUGCAACCCCCUCCUAAGCACAUGAUCAUAAAGAAGAAGAACCUGACCAGUCAGAUGACUGAUAAUACAUCAAUGAAUCAGAUGACAGAGAUUAAAGCAGCCAAUCAGAUGACUGUAAAUCAAUCAGCCAAUCAGAUAACUGUGAAUAAAGCAGCAAAUCAGAUGACUGAGAAUAAAGCAGCCAAUCAGAAGAUUGUGAAUAAAUCAGCCAAUCACAUGACUGAGAAUAAAGCAGCCAAUCAGAUGACUGAAAAUAAAGCAGCCAAUCAGAUGAGUGUGAAUAAAUCAGCCAAUCAUAUGACUGAGAAUAAAGCAGCCAAUCAGAUGAUUGUGAAUAAAUCAGCCAAUCACAUGACUGAAAAUAAAGCAUCCAAUCAGAUGAGUGUGAAUAAAUCAGCCAAUCAUAUGACUGAGAAUAAAUCAGCCAAUCAGAUGAUUGUGAAUAAAUCAGCCAAUCAUAUGACUGAGAAUAAAGCAGCCAAUCAUAUGACUGAGAAUAAAGGAGCCAAUCAUAUGACUGAGAAUAAAGCAGUCUCAGACAAAAAUGUGACGAAAGAAACACAGAGAGAAACACAAGUCUCGGACAUGAACGUGACAACACAGGUCAAAACAGUCAAUAUGUCUGAGUCCUCACAGCAGACACAUGUUAAAGAACAGGCUGUGAAACAGAAAAUACCACCACCCCCUAAACCCAUCUUCAUAAACAAGAAAAACAUGACCAAUCAGAUGACUGAUAAUACAUCAACGAAUCAGAUGAAGGAGAUUAAAGCAGCCAAUCAGAUGACUGAGAAUAAAGCAGCCUCAGACAUAAAUGUGAUGAAAGAAAGACAAAGCACAUCUCAAACUAAUAUUGUUUCAAAGCAAACACAGGAAACAAAAACAAUGAAACAGUUGCAAACAACAGUGACAGAACAUAAGACUGUCACACAAAAACACAACGUCAAAAAUCUGAAUACAAAUUUCCGGAACCUGGACAUGAAGGGAAAAGGUAUGCUAAAAAAAGGGACGCCUGAGAUUAAUUUCCCCCCUCCUCCCACGUCCCCGCCUCCACCCUCUGAGUCUGAGAUGUCUCUUCCUCCCCCGCCCUCACCAGUGGCAGGCUGCCCAAUGUCCCUGUCAAGCCGUAGCCCAAUGUUUCCCACAUCCCGUCCCCUGAUUAUGAGACAGGACAGUGAUCUUCCGCCUCCACCUCCUCCACCCCCAGUAGAAUGCGGGGAGCCCGACUUUUUCCCUCCUCCCCCUCCCCCACCCCCACCCUCCGUGGCAGGGCAAGACUUUCUUCCUCCACCGCCCUCACAACAAGAGCUAAACUCAAUGCCACACCAAGUGCCUACACCACCACCUGGAAAGCCAUUUAAAGCUAGGCCUUUAUUCAAAAUCCCAAAACCUGAGCCACCCAAGCAACCAAUACUGGUCAAACCAAAAUGGCAGAAAAAGCAAGCAGCACCACCACCGACUCCUCCACCUCCUCAGCCAAUGACAGUUCAAACAGAACAUAAAAAGGAAGGAGCAGUUCAGGAAGUCAAAAGUGAAAUCAGUUGUAAACAGGAAGAAAAUACAAAUACUACCAACACACAGGUUCAAUCUGAUUCUACAGUGUCCAUGACUAAAAUCCCUUCACCAAUCCCAGUGGCAAAACCAUCACAGGAAGAGUUGCCACGACCACCUAAAAAGGUAUUCAUCCCUCCAAUCAAAAUACCCCCACCUGCAGAACUUGCACCAGUGGCAAAACCUAAACCAUAUGCCCGUAAAUUCAAAACCCCACUGAUGCUGGCAGAGGAAAGGUAUCGUGUGCAAAGAGAGGAGGCUGACAGAAACAAGUCACAAGACACAACUCCCGCCACUUCACGAGUCGCAUCUCCCUCCUCGCCUCCAACUAAUAUGAUGCAGAUGAUGGGCUCAACCAAUGUUGCAAGUGAACAACACUCAGUUGCACACAAAACAGAGCAGUCAAAAGUGACCUCAGAGGUAACACAGGCUGAGGAAACUCAGUCUAAAAGCAAAGUAUGCACAGCAUCACAAGAGCCGCCCAUGAAGAAAGCUCUAUCACAUAUCCCCCUGAGCAAACCUUUGAUCUCAGUGGGAAAUAAAAAAUCAACCUCUGAAUCUGGAAAUAAUUCCUCAGAUAAGAAACACAUUAGCACUGAUCAGUCCUCUAUGGCCUCUUCUGGGAAAGAACUCACCUCAUCUGUUGCCUCCAGAAAACAUCAGUCUGUUCCCUCUGGCAAGCAUCAGUCUGUUUCUUCUGGCAAGCAUCAGGCUGUUUCAGUCUCUGCUGCUCACCUUCACCAUGAGUCCAACAUUAAAGUCCAAUCUGGCUCUAAUGUGAUUUCGUCCUCAGUAGCUGAGCAGCAGAGUGGUAUGAAUGCUAGCUCACAGUCUAUCAUCUCCACUCAGAGCAUUGUCCAGGAAAAUGUAAAUCUUCAAACCCAAUCCGCCGUAACAUCCGAAGCAGAGGAUGCAAAGAAUACUAACGCCUUACUCACACAGGAAGUAAAAAAGAUUCCAUCUCAGCCUACCAAAAUCAAAAUUCCAAAAGUGACACCAAAUUUCAAGGUGAGAACAGUGAAGUUGCCAACAGAGAAGAAGGAGGAGAAAAGCGAGGUGGUGGAAAAAGAUCAACGAGCAGUGAAAAAUGAAUUACAUGUACAUCAAACGAGUAUGGAGACUAUUUCUAAGAGUGAGACCAGAGUAGUUCAGGAGAGCACCCAGAUGGCCACCAGUAGCUCAGCAAAAAAUGAAGUAAAGGUGGAGAUGAAUGUGACACAGGAGAAAGCUGAGGAGGUUGAGAAAACUGCAGCUGCCAAGGAAACAAAGCUGGAAAUCCAAAUGAAGACAAAGGCAAAGCAGAAAGGCAUUAAAGUCCCUUUGCCCAAAGAGCCAAAGCUAGUUCCCAUGCCAGUAGCUCAAACUCCAGGGCACUGCCACAUAUCUGUCUCCCGUAGUCAACAAAGCAUGCAGGAACAGCACAUUCAGAAGCACGAGCAAGUGAUUGUUAAUGAGAGAGUAGUUCAACAGAGCUUCCAGAAGCAGGAACAGCAGGUUCGCACACAGAAGCAGCAGGUCAAGUCUUUCCAACAACAAGGAGAAGUAAGCAAAAUGCAGCAGCAUCAAGAGAGGUCGAAGGCAGAGUCUAAGGCUGACUCCAUGAACAUUGCAGGGAAGGCAGCAGCACAGACAGAAACAGCUCAAUCAAUGGUGGAAAACACAGCUCAAUCAGUGGAGGAGAGCACAGAUUCAGAGAAAUGUGUAAUGGUACAGAAGCUGCUUUUUAACAUUAAGCAGCUUCAUCCAGGGAACAUGGAUUCAAACUCAGUGAGGACAAUACUUAGUGAGGUCCCUGACUGGUUGAUCAGGGCGGAGGAAAAGCGUGAUUUAACACAGGUUGCUGUUCAGCAGAAUAAGAAGAAGCUCACAGAGAUCCUUUUCCGUGUGAGAAACCUAGCACAAGCAAAACUUGUAUUCUUAGAAGGACACAUGGCAGCCAUGGCAAAACAGGAAAGUGAACCGGCACCUGCAUCAUCACCUGCACCCCCACCUGCACCAUCACCUGCACCACCACCUGCGCCAGCACUUGAAAAGAAAGGAUUUGGAGGAGCAACAGCUAAGAUAUCUAAAAUAAGCAUUGGCUCGUCAAGAGUCGAAACCCAUAAGAAAGUGGUUGAGGAGAAGAAGAUCUCUCAUGAGAGCAAAAAGCCAGAGCUGACUGAAGUAAAAGGUCCUGAUCCCAGAGUUCCCUCUCCCAUGCUUGCAACGCGAACACCUUCACCUACCUUCAUAAGCAUUGAAUCAGUGAGGAGAACAAACUCACCCUUCACAGUGACACCCUCACCUCCUCUGUCAUACAGGUCUGGUGCCACCCCAACCCCACCACCCCCCCCUCCCCGCACCCCUACCUCUCGGUUCUGUAGGGCCACACCCUCUCCCACCUUAAGCCGCUCAGAGAAGCUAGCCAAGUUGAAGGACACCACUGCGAAGCUCUCUCGGGGCAUGACCCCUCCCCCACCCAUGCCUGAGUUUCUGACGACAGAGCAAGCCUCUGACAGAGAGGAUUCCCCAGCGCUGAUUGAACCUGAGAUCCACAUGCAGACACAGGAGAUGGAGACUGGGACGACGACUCCGGAUGUGGCUGAUAUGGUUGACUCCAUGAUGACUGUCAGAGACAAAAAGUUCUUCUUUGAGGAAGCUCAGAAGGCAGAGGUGAGCAGGACAUACAUGCGGAAGGACCCCAUAGAAAUCCCAGAGCGCCUGGGUCCAGAGGAUCUAGAGGAAGUUCCUGAGGGUGUGAUUAUAGACAUAAUGAAAGAGGAUCUCCCUAGGCUUGACCUGUCAAAGCUGGUCAAUCAAUUUGAAUCCCCACAACCAAAGCUGUACAUCAGAAAAGAUCCCAUCAUCAUCACAGAUAGACUGGGAAGUGACACUGAAGAUCCAGAGGCAGACCCCAAAACGCCAAAAACCGAUGAAACACCUGCCUUCAACAUAAAGGCCAUCAAGAAUGCCUUUGACUUGGGUGAUCGUAAUGCUCUCAAAGAAGUGAGAGAGAAACAAGAGGAGAGAGAGAGGAGAGAAUCAGAAUCUGCCGAACCGACGGGGCACUCCAAAACAAAGUCCGUCACUGAGGAGUUCUCUGGCAUGGAUGAAUUUGGCACCGUAACAAGAGGGGUGAGGAGCGAGACCAGCAUGCACUCUGAGAGCCACAUGACCCGCCCCCUCCCUCCCUCCUAUGCCGACGUGGUGAAAGGGACGGUUGAAGAGAUGGCAGUUCCUGUGGAGGCCGCCACCGAGGACCUACUGAAGAGCUUCCACCAGUCCUGGGCCGAAAGCGAGAGUGUGUUCCAAAAUCUGGGAUUUAGUGUCUCAGAACAGAGGACAUCACAGAUCGUAACACACCAGCAGGAGACUGUCGUGACGGAAAAUUCGAGUUCCAGAGUCCGAACUGUGUACGGUGUGCCGGAAGAGGGUGUAUCCGAUGGAGUGUCUGAUCGCAGACAAACACAAUUUCCAUAAAAGCUGCUUCCGCUGUGAGCACUGCAGUGGCAAACUAAGCCUUGGCAACUACGCCUCUCUCCAUGGACGAAUGUACUGCAAGCCCCACUUCAAACAACUCUUCAAGUCCAAAGGAAAUUAUGACGAAG